UAUUAACUAGAUUUGUUCCUGUCAACACGAUCGUCAAUCGCAAUGCUGCCAGCAUCUUAUCGGCGCCGGUUUUAGAACGUCCUACUUCUCAAAUGUCCUACCUUGAACAUUUUUUAAAAGAAACGGCAAGUACCACACGUCAUGGUAGUGUGGACAGCGUCGAAGGCGACAUCGAGGACAACCGUGCACCGAGUAUCGCAAGCAGCAAAAGUAAUUUAUCCGAGUUCAGCAUCGAUCCGACUUCUCCUAUAUCCCAUGAAUUACUGAACAAAUCAUCGACGUCCCAUGGUCAGUCCAAUCUGCAGCCUAAGCCAAAAUCUCACCAGUUUUUAGUACGCACGUUUUCAGCUCCAACCAAGUGCAAUCACUGCACUUCGUUAAUGGUUGGUUUAACUAGGCAAGGUGUUGUAUGCGAAGUAUGUGGUUUCGCAUGUCACAUGCCCUGUUGCGACAAGGUGCCUGCCAUGUGUCCAGUCCCUCAUGAUCAAACUAAACGACCAUUAGGUAUCGAUCCAACUAGAGGCAUCGGCACAGCGUACGAAGGAUAUGUUAAAGUUCCAAAGAUGGGUGGUGUUAAAAAGGGCUGGGUGCGGCAAUUUGUUGUGGUUUGCGACUUCAAACUGUUUCUUUAUGACAUUUCACCGGAUCGAAACGCUUUGCCCUCUGUCUACGUAUCGCAAGUUCUUGACAUGCGAGACGAAGAGUUCAGUGUCAGCUCUGUACGAGAUUCUGACGUGAUACACGCGACAAAGAAGGACAUUCCAUGUAUAUUUAGAAUAACAACAUCAUUGUUGGAACCACCUGGGUUGCGAAAUCAUACUUUAAUGCUUGCGGACACUGAGAGUGAAAAAACCAAGUGGGUCGUAGCCCUUAGUGAAUUACAUCGGAUUCUGAAGAGAAAUAAUCUUCCAAAUACAACAAUCUUUCGAGCAAAGGAACUGUUGGACAACACUCUGGCUCUCAUUAAAAAUGUGAUGUCCGGAGCAAUUAUAGAUCCAGAUCGUCUAGUCAUUGGCACUGAGGAGGGCCUCUUCUGUUUAGAUUUAGAUCGUAGUGAGAUAGCCAGAGUCGGCGAAGGAAAGAAAAUAUACUUACUUGAGUACGUUACGGAGGAACAAUUGAUUGUAGUGCUUAGUGGAAAACAACGACAUGUAAGAUUGGUUCCUGUGAGAGCAUUAGACGGAGAUGAAGUGGAAUGGAUUAAAGUAGCAGAAACGAAAGGUUGCAUUACAUUAACGACCGGAGCCGUGCGUCGAAAUCCACUCACUUAUUGUUUGUGUGUUGCUAUAAAAAAACAGAAUGCAUCGCAAGUGAUUAUUUAUGAAAUAACUCGUACAAAAACGAGACACAAGCGUAUACGUGAAUUAAUGCUGCCUUGUCACGCACAAACGUUGCAAGUACUAUCAGAAGGUCGUCUCUGCGUUGGUUAUCCUUCCGGUUUCUCCAUCUAUAGUAUUUUAGGAGAUCAUCAUCCUAUUUCAUUGGUUCAUUCUGAAAAUACCCUCUUGGCUUUUCUAACAUACAGUUCUGUGGAUGCAUUACGUUGCAUAGAACUACCUCGAGGUGAAUUCCUAUUAGUCUUCCAUACAUUGGCAGUUUAUGUUGACAGCCAAGGAAGGAAAAGUCGAGACCGAGAAAUCAUGUAUCCUGCCGUCCCUACUGCAGUUAGUUGUUGCGAGGGUUAUUUAUUAGUGUACAGUGAAACGCAUAUCGAUGUAUUCGAUUGUACAACCGGAGAUUGGUUACAAACCUUGAAUGUAAAAAGAGCACGACCUUUAAAUAUUUCGGGUUCGCUCACCAGCUGUGUCAUCAACGAUAUGCCGCAUGUAAUCUACUUGAGUAAUUUACUUCAAAGAGAAUUGUUAAAUCUAACAUCACUUGAUGCAAGUGGUAGACAAGUGACAAGGCCACGAAGACGAUUUUCUUUACGCGAAGGAAAUAGAGCGGUGCGGCCAACAGAUAGGCGUUCCAAAAUGAUAUCUGCUCCUACAAAUUUUAACCACAUUAGUCAUAUGGGACCCGGUAACGGAAUACAGAUUCAACGUCUGCUGGAUCUACCAACAACUUUGGAAACGGCGGAUCAACAACAGUUUCCUGGGCAUCACAGCAGCUCACAACUUCACAGCAGUCAACAAAGGUCGUAUGGCUCCACGAUGCAUGCGCCGAGUAAGCCAGCUCCACUGCCUCCCAGACAUCCUCCUUCGGACACUCGGCGACUUAGUUCCCACAUAACGAGAAACUCCGGAUAUUCACCGCAUAAUGGAUCAACAUCAUCGCGAAGGGGCCCUGCUCCUCCAAGACCAAGUGCAACCCCCCCUUCAUUACCGCGCACACCUAUUGACCAGGUUGACUCUGAAUCACUGCAUUUGCGAUCACAUACACCUCUUUCUCUUGGCAGUAUUGCAUCAUUACACGAGAAGGAACAUGCAUCGACUGGAAGUCCACGUCACUCAAUAGCUUCAAACAACAGUUCAAAUCCAUCGACACCUCCCAGUCCUGCCCAUGAUCAUGGGUCAUCAUCGUACGAUUCAUAAAGUAAUCGUCUUAAUCAUGUGUUUGUAACUAACGAGGUAAAAGACAUUGACUUUGUUAAGUUGUUUUGUGGGUAUACACAUAGCGAUAUAGGUUAUACCUGAUUUUCAAGUAUCUGUGGUACUAACUUCUGUGAGAAACGAUACGUUGCGGUCUUGCACGCCAAAAAGUUAACAUGAUAUUUAUUCUUCGGCAGAUAAUACGCAACAAAAGCCUCCAUUACGUUAAGAAAAUAAACGUGGUGUCUUUCCAUAUGUUGCUAUAGCUUGUAGAAUUAUUGUAAAACUAUCAUUAAAAACAUAAAGAGUGAUUUUUGAUUGAACCUUAAUUUUAGCGUGUAUUUACAAUAAUAAUGAGACCAAUGAGUCAAUCAUUUAAACAUUAAAAGAAGUAGAGCAAUUCCUGUAACGGAGGUCUGAUUAUAUCGUACAAUUCGAUACAAUGUGUAAUACUGCUCCUGCUACGUAAUGUUGUUCGAUUGUACGCGGUUACCUUUUAUACGUCUAUGUCCUAUGAAAGGUAUUAUGCUUCCUUUUUGGCUUACAAGUGUACACAACUAAUUUAAUUAGCGACAUAAGGCCGAAUUAUUGUAUAUAAUUUACAUCUUUAAAUACUUGAAAAUUAGCGUUUUUGACGUUAUUUAACUCAUACAGAUAGAUUUUCUACUUCCUCGAGGGAACCAUCCAUCUUUUUACUUCUUUCUAAUGAAUCGAAAUGAGUUCAAAUAAUUUUCAGUUUUAAUUUAAUUAAAUUAGGGAUGUCAGUCAAAUUAUCUAGGCAAUAAGAUUAGCUACUUAAACGAAUCGACCCACUUUCAAACCUAGACAUGAAAUAGUUGUAUAUUUAACCACUGUUAGAGUAAAUGUAAACAAAUUUAAUUAAUAUAAAUUGAUUAAAUAAUUGAGAAGUAAAUAUUAUAUAUCGCCUCAUAGUAUGAAAAGGUACAUCAUUCUGUCAUCGUAUGAUGUAACUAAAUGGAUAUUGUAUUAACUGUGCAAUUUGUCCGGAGCUUUUAUGUGGGAACCACUGCUCUUUGGGGACAAAUAGAUACAAAACUUAUUCAUAUUUGAUGCACACUUAUAUUCUGGAAUGUUAUUACAAGUGAAUAUAGUGUAUGGCGCACCGUU